AUGGAUUGUUAUUUGUUUCUUAGAAACUCUGAACAGGUCAGCUAUACUGUAUAUUUUCUUGCAAUUAUGUACAAAAUGAACACCUUUUUAAAUCGGUCCCCUUCACUUGAUGCCCUUGCUGUUUGAACCUAUCCACAUUAGCUCACAUAUAUAUUGCUAUGGGAACCAGAAAAACAUUCCUGGAGCAAGGGUUAAGAACCAAUAACAAAUUCAAUACAAUGUGAGGAUUUACUUCCACUUUUCCACUUCAAACCUGGGGUACAUUCACCUUGUUGGAAGGUGUGUGCUCUCACACUCCCAAUUUCUAUUCCACCACCCUUGUUUUGCCAUCGAAUCAGACAUUAAUUAUUUUAUUGAACCCAUCAACAAUAGAUGAGCAUGGAGAAUGGUGCCUGAAGAAGGUGGAGCCACGAGACAGGCAGAGUCGAUUGAGCAGUGCAUGAGGGGACACAAAUUGCCUUAACUGUAUUAAAGUAUCCUGGAGAGUCCCCUACAGUUUACAAAAAUCAAGCUUUGUUUUCCCUAAAUGUUACACCAUAUUUUGCCCCAAAAGACGUUAAAAAUUUCUCCGUAACAGAAGACUGUUUUGCUAGGGUUAAAAAAGUUUGGCUUUCAUGAGUUUCAAUACAAAGGUGCAAAGCUUGCAAGAAAUUAUCAACAUAAUUACAUAGCACACAAACGUUGUCAUCUAACUCCUCGCACGUAGCCGGAAUAAGCCAAGUAAUGAAGCAUAUAACGACAAAUCGUCUUCAAAUGGUCUCUAUAACUAAAUUAUACUUUUUUUUUGCAAAAGAAACUUUUGUUUGUAUCCGUGUUACCCAUCGAAAAAGUGAGGAGUUAUUGCAUAACAUUAGGUAUAACAGAGGUAAUACUCAUGGGUUUCAUGAGUUCUAUGCUCUAUUUUUCACCAGGGAACAAACUUCAAUUCUUACCUUACAGUUGUCGGUCCUUUUACCUUGCUUUCGACAACAAAUUAAAGGCGAACAAAGCGAUGAAAUCCGGCACUCUUCUCUUAUAAAUAGCAAGCCACACGAGGUAAAGUCCACCAAUAUGCACUGUAUUCUCACUACAAAUAUAAACAAAUGUCGUGGCGAAAAAACAACGAGGAGGAAAGGAUUCCAGAUCUUCACUUCGGCAAUGUAUUCCAGCUAGCAAGCCAGCAUAUCUCCAGAAGGUGGACUCAAAGUGGGACAAACAUUGUAAUUUUUUUAGAAGCCUUUUGUGCGCAAACUAAUUUAUUCUGGUGUGAAAAAAUGUAUACUGAAACCUAAUACACAACAAAAAAAUUUUUGCACUUUUGGGGAGCGCGACAUAUUAAUGGGAUUAAGUCGGAUUAGCUUCCCACAAAGAAAACAUCUCUGCGUGGGAUUGUACAUCCAGUAAAAGCAAUUUGUGUCCCCUCAUGAUCCACGAUAACCUGUGAGUGGGAACCACCAGGCACUGUCACACUGAAAAUCACUGGAGGCUAAAAGACUUACCAUGCCAAGAGGGAUUGGCAGGGAAGGGGUAAACUCAAUGAAAACUGCCCAACAGUGAAAAACAAACACAUAAAAUGACAUCAAAAGCCAGGCUGUUAAUACAUGUACGUGAACCCCUGCACGCAACUCCUGGCUACCCCACAUACUGAUCCAUGGGGGAAAACUGCUGGCCAGCAUUGUUUCGUGUUUAACUUAGCCUACCUAAUUACAUUUAGCCACAUUUAAAAGUUUUAUAAUUUCCCAUUCCUCUACAUGGAAGCCACCUCAGAACUAUCACAAUACACAACAGCAAUCUACUGCACCAAAUAUUGUGCCUUGAGUGGGUUGAAUUCAUUUUUUGUUAUGUGUUUCGCUAGGGGCAAGUAUUCUAGCACUGUCAACUGGAGCGCACUUUUCGAAACCUAUAUAAGAAGGACACCCACUGUUGGUCGCUUCCCUCGCUGUUUUCAGUCAUUUUCUGCAAUUAAGCUCCCCAAAUGUGACAGACACCUUUCCUUAAAGUUCGGAAAGUUGGUCCUGAUUCCCACUGUGUUUAUCUGCGAGAGUUAAGUAAAUUUCAAUUUCUGUUAAAUUUUAAACUAUUAGCGCCCUCUUGGGAGCCAGUAAACUGUAGAACAUUUUGUUGAUUCUUGUUCAUGUUGAUGCAGUCUACAGAUAUUGGAUGUAAAGAAAUCUUUUUCUUAAAAAAAAAAUGGUUGGAAGCCAUGUUGUUGUUCCAAAAGUUCAAUAUAAAUCAGGCCUUAAAGAGAUGAUGGAGAAAAUGGCAGAAAAAUUGUGGCUUUAAUGACUUAAAAAGACUACAAAAACCAUUUUUUAGCUGGAAAAUUCUUAUAAUGAUAAACAUUGCAUAGUGAGAUAAUUAAGGCACUUCUGGCAAAAGAUCAGAAAACCCUACACUAGCUCUUAUAAUUGGCCACCCACAAAUUGUAAACUUAAGGUUUUUUUGUCCCACCACCCCAAGAGAAAUAAUUUUGAUUACUAUUACUUCCUUUUUUGCUAAGUACGCUGGAGCCAGUGAAUAUACCUAUAAUUAUAUGUAACUGAUUCCCCUGGCCAACUCAAAAUCUCCUUAAAACCAUAUAGCAGUUGCAGUACUGUAUUAAUUGUUAAUCUUAUUUAUUUUGUCAGAAAGCAGCAGGGAUCCUCAGUAUAUUUGAUAGAGAUAGGUGGUUCAUCUUACACAGGGAUGUUUGGUUACUUGACUGCAUUUCAAGAGAUGAUAGAACAGGUACACUGUAUGAACUAUAUGGGUUAUUUGACAUGCAUUUUGUAGGUUAAAAGAAUAUUCAGGUUAAUAAAAUCUACCCUGGUUAAAGAAUUUGGGUAGAUUUAUUUCCUUUGUCUCAUUACACUAUACAUGUGAUAUUAUUCACAAACUGAGCUUAAUAGGAGGCAAAGGAAAUUGAGUGAAGUUGGUUUAAAAAACUGAAUUUAAUUUUGUCUAUAAUACAUAUUCUAUGUAGCUAUUCAUAAAAAGAUUUUUAAGGUCCUAAGUGACUUUUCAUCUCAAUAUUAUUUAUUUUAAGCAAAUAAAACAAAGGCAAUUUGAAAAGAAAAUCUACAUUUACAUUGUAGCACUGAUGAGAAUUCCCUUGACAGAAAUUUUUUUUCAGGAAGCAUCUUAAAUGUCAAAGUUUCUCUGUGGUUAACCUUGUUGCUUUGUAUGGCAUUCGGUUAUAAAUUAUUUAGUAAUGGUGACUUGAGAUGAAUUUAAGAGCAAAUUUUAAGGAUUAAUUGCAAAGCAAAUGGAGCUUUGAAGUGAGAAAAUAUCAUCUCUCAGCAGAAGGAAUUACUGUACACCACUUCAUUUAACAAACGUGAUUGUUUAUGGUGUGCUAAAUGCUACUUCUCAUCUUUUCGGUCAAGGGUACCAGUAUUUAACAGACGCCCAAAUUAUUAAGAAGGUGCUAGUGGGGCCAGUACCAAGGGCAUCUACUUAGUAAAGUGUGCCAUGUUCUUUUAAGGGAAAUAUAAAUUAAGAGAUGAUCAUGCAAUCCAGGUCCAUAUAUUUCUUAGCCUCUCAUGCAGAUGUUCUUUGGGGUUUGUCACGCAUUCCACUAACGACGUUAGUGGGGCAGGAAUGUGUGACAAACCCCUAAGAAUGUCUGCAUGGGAGGCUAUAUAUUUUUUAGAUUAUUUUGUUAUUUUGUUAAGUAGUUGUAAUUUGUUAGACCUUAGUAGUUUUAAUUUAUUGUUUGGAUGUUUUUCAUAUUUAUUCAGAUGUGUUGGAAGAUUAUGAUGAUAUUGUAGUUACUGUUGGGAGUAGAGGAACGGCAUCAGGAAUUGCUAUUGGCAAUUACAUGACUAGCUCAAAACUCAAGUAAGACUCCAGUUUGCAUUUAAAUAAUAGUUAUUUCGGACCAACCAUGCAGUUGCUUGUUUAAAAGAUAUAUUUGCACUUUGCUAAAAAUGUGUUUAACAAAAUAAAAUGUGCUAGACUGACCAGUUCAGUUUUCUAUGGAUUGUGAUUCAUGCAGAAAAAAAAUUGCCAAUAUUCCUUUAGUUUUUCCUCUGUUUUGGAAUAAUUUAUUUUAAAGGUUGAUAUACAGGUAGCCUUCAAAGGCAAAAUUGCUUCCUGAUUCCCACCUGUUUUCACUAACAGAGUGGUUUUCCUGGCAAAGCAAAGUAAUCUACUGUAAAAGUACAAAAUGAAAACAGAAUAUAUAGAAAAAAUGACUGAAGCAAAUGUUUUAAUUUUUUUGGGCAUAAUAGUGUAAUAAACCUUUUCUCCCUGAGGUUCCUCCUGAGACUACGUGGUAAAAAAUAAACAACAACAACAACAACAAACAAACAAAAAAAUCACUGGCCUUUAAGCAGUAGUUAAGGCACUUACUAGUCAGUCAAAAGGAAAAAAAAAGAAGAAAAGCAAACAGAUGUAAAUCAUCUAAACUGUCCCCGGCUAUUGCAAUUCAAAAGCUAUGUUGGCUUUUCUUUCUGCUUAAUUUCUUCUGUUCUUUUGUUGGGAAAAGUGAAAUUUUGUAUCUUCAUGGCUCAGUCAGUAAGAUUUGCAUAAUUUUGUGGAUGUUGUGCAAAGGUUAAAGAGAUUUACUGCUUCUUGAGGAAUUAUUCAUGAGUAUACGGUUGAUAGUUUUAAUUGGCUGGACUUUCACUGGAGGGGGUUACUCUCAAUAAUGGUCUAUUUGGGGAGGCUCCCCACAAAGGGGUACCAUUUUUUGGCUUCAGGUACAUGAAAAGGUGGAAAUUUCAAGUAUACGAAAGAGUAGGGAAACCUGUGAUUUCGGUCUGUUACUAAGGCCCAAAAGCGCUGACAUACGCGUCAUAUGAUUAUUUUUAUCGCUGUGAAAUAGUUGAGAAAAUGUUAUGGUUUUGUGAUUUGAACAUUCAUUCAAAAUUCAAAGUGAAUUUACAACAGCUAUAAGGGAUUCAAAGUUCUAAGCUUAACAGGUAUGUGGAAGGGGUACACGAAAGAGACACCUUAUAAUAGUAGUAUAAUUAUAAAUGGGAAAGGGAUUGCACCUUCAGCAAAGCCUACAGAAUGUAGUCCCUGUAUAUAACUUGGUAAAAAAAUUGAAACUGUGAAAAAUUUUGCUUUUUUUCAACUUUCUAGAUGCCUUGCGCAUGCAGUCAAUGUGUCUGACAAUGCAGCUUAUUUUUACAAUAAAAUCAAUGAAGACCUUAGAAUUGGGGGAAUUGAUGUCAAAGCAGAAGAUAUUAUAGAUAUUAUUGACGGCUACAAAGGGGGAGGAUAUGGUGUGUCAACUCAACAUGAACUAGGUGGGUAGGACUAGGGAAAUUUAUGUCAAAGCAGAAGAUAUUAUAGAUAUUAUUGAUGGCUACAAAGGGGGAGGAUAUGGUGUGUCAACUCAACAUGAACUAGGUGGGUAGGACUGGGUGAAUUGAUGUCAAAGCAGAAGAUAUUAUAGAUAUUAUUGAUGGCUACAAAGGGGGAGGAUAUGGUGUGUCAACUCAACAUGAACUAGGUGGGUAGGACUAGGGAAAUUUAUGUCGAAGCAGAAGAUAUUAUAGAUAUUAUUGAUGGCUACAAAGGGGGAGGAUAUGGUGUGUCAACUCAACAUGAACUAGGUGGAUAGGACUGGGGGAAUUGAUGUCAAAGCAGAAGAUAUUAUAGAUAUUAUUGAUGGCUACAAAGGGGGAGGAUAUGGUGUGUCAACUCAACAUGAACUAGGUGGGUAGGACUGGGUGAAUUGAUGUCAAAGCAGAAGAUAUUAUGGAUAUUAUUGAUGGCUACAAAGGAGGAGGAUAUGGUGUGUCAACUCAACAUGAACUAGGUGGGUAGGACUGGGGGAAUUGAUGUCAAAGCAGAAGAUAUUAUAGAUAUUAUUGAUGGCUACAAAGGGGGAGGAUAUGGUGUGUCAACUCAACAUGAACUAGGUGGGUAGGACUAGGGAAAUUUAUGUCGAAGCAGAAGCUAUAGAUAUUAUUGAUGGCUACAAAGGGGGAGGAUAUGGUGUGUCAACUCAACAUGAACUAGGUGGGUAGGACUGGGUGAAUUGAUGUCAAAGCAGAAGAUAUUAUAGAUAUUAUUGAUGGCUACAAAGGGGGAGGAUAUGGUGUGUCAACUGAACAUGAACUAGGUGGGUAGGACUAGGGAAAUUUAUGUUCAAGCAGAAGAUAUUAUAGAUAUUAUUGAUGGCUACAAAGGGGGAGGAUAUGGUGUGUCAACUCAACAUGAACUAGGUGGGUAGGACUGGGUGAAUUGAUGUCAAAGCAGAAGAUAUUAUAGAUAUUAUUGAUGGCUACAAAGGGGGAGGAUAUGGUGUGUCAACUGAACAUGAACUAGGUGGGUAGGACUAGGGAAAUUUAUGUCGAAGCAGAAGAUAUUAUAGAUAUUAUUGAUGGCUACAAAGGGGGAGGAUAUGGUGUGUCAACUCAACAUGAACUAGGUGGGUAGGACUGGGUGAAUUGAUGUCAAAGCAGAAGAUAUUAUCCACUUGUGUAUACUGUUAAAGUUGCUUACAAUAAUUUAAUUGUAAACACAUGAAAUAUUCUACCUGGCAACUUCCAAACCUUCCCCCACUACCCACAACUCUUCUCAUAGGUUGGCCACUGAAUUUAAUUCGAAAACGUGUGCAAUCUUCUUGGCUUCUUCAAUUCACAUGACAUACAAUACAACUGCUUCCAGCUAAGUCUAAGUUGGUACCAUUUAUUUUUGCACAAUCUAUGACGUCAGAGGGUAAUAUUACUGAAAUCACUGCAGGGAAGGGGGAAUACAGCUCUACAUGCUGAGAAUUGACUGAGUCAUCAUAAAAAAUAGCACUUUUUUGAACUGGUUGAGUCGUUUGGUGUGACUCGACAAGUGGUGUUCAUUGCUUUUAUUUUGACUUACCGGUAUUUUAUGUAAUAUAUCAAACAUGAGAUGCAGUGUUUCAUCACCAGAUGAAACACCGAGAAGAGAGUUGAAAAUACGACGCGCAGCGCAGUAUUUUUGACGAACUUCGAGGUGUUUAAUCUGGUGAUGAAACACUGUGUCGAAUGUUUGAUCUUUCUUCUCAAACAAAAUCAUUUUUGAAGGAGAAAUUAAGGAUGCAAAAAUGAGCAGUUUUUCAUCUGAUAUCCAAACACUCAUUAAACAUUAAUUUCCUUUGAAUUUUCUUUAUGAAUUAUUAAUGAGUUUGAGAAUUUGUUAUCAAAUUGCAGGGAACAUUAUUCAGAUUUCAAGAACAGCUGGAAUAUUGGUGGAUCCAGUAUACAAUAUAAAGGCGAUCAGAAGAAUGCUAACAGAGAUGACAAAUAAUCUUGGAAGAUUGAAAGGAAGAAGAAUACUCUACAUCCAUACAGGUACAAUUUUUCAUCACUAUAUACAUCUUCCUCCGUCUGAUAAAGAACCUGCCAAAUGCUUCGCAAAACACAAACUAUUUGCUCGUUGGCAGUCUUAGAAUUGAAGUUACAAAAUGAUCAUAGUUAGACUGGAGAGGCCUUCAGAUACUUAUAAGUGUCGUAGUCUUUUAGUCUGUUUUUAGAUUUUUUGUCGCCCGAUGUUAGCUGUGUUCACAAACCUGCGCAAUCCAACAUGGCAGUUGACCUCUAAGACAGAGUUUCCUUGAAUUGGCCUUCACAGCGUUUUCCAAGAUUCACACUUGCCAUUGCUCUCCUCUGAUUGGUUCAGAAUAUUUUGGCGAGAAAAAUAAAUCUAUAAACCAGAGCGGAUAAAGGCAGGAUGGAGCACUGAACACAUCCAAAUUGAACUCAACUUUAAGGUGAUGUUACAUGGGACGAUUCGCAACGACGAUUUUUAGCGCAACACAGAGUUGCAAUGCUGGAACAAUGUUGCAACGCUGUGUGGCGCUAAAAAUCGUCUUUGCUAAUCGCCUCAAAUAAGCAUUGACGAAUGUCAAGUUUGACUUUCACAGGUGCAGACAUAAACAUAUAAAACUGCGUGUUAAUACUGUCAUAAAAUUGGUUUACAUAGUCCACACUGUUGGAUGAUGUUACAAUAAGAAAAUGGGGUUACCGUUUUGUAGAAAAAAACAAUUUAACCCGCCUUCGAACACACCGGAAGCGCGGGAAGAGCGCUGGAGCCAGUCCUACUCCGUAUCACACAUCCCUUGAAGAGCGGAGUGUUCGUUUCGUCAUCUAACUAUUAUUCGACUUGCUGUAAAUAGCCUGAAAAUCUACCACACUAUGACCCAGGCCUUAUUAGAGAGGUUAAGGCAUCACGUUUACGUCAAACGGCAAACGCGAAUUUGUACCACGUGACCAAGUUUCCCCUUUACUUGUCGCUUACUGUUCAUUAUUUUUAGACAUGAAUUAGUAGUUUCACGAAAUGUUUAUCCAUAAGAUUGUUUUGAGUUGUUUUUAUCUGCUCAUUUUCGAUUUUGAGAAAUUGUCAACUUGAAUCUGACGUUUGCCGUUUGCCGUAUACGUGAAUCUUAUCUCUGUAUCAUGUAUGACAGAUAUACGUCCCCGGUUGAUUGGCUGAAGUUAAUGAUACCACUUUUCCUUUUAGGUGGAGUGUUUCGUUUGUAUGAUGGCAGAAUGGAUUCCUUGAUCACAGGGUUGUAGUCUGCAGAAGGAAUAAAGCAAGUUUCUUAUUGGGGAGACAUCAAUGAUCCUCUGCGUUUUAACAAUAAAAUAAAAAUAAAUAAUAAAGAAACAAGAAGAAAAGAAUAAACGCAAAAAUGGAAACCGAUGACCUCCCCCUCUCCAACUUGUCCCCUCGGAGCGAGAGAGAGACGAUUAAGAGGAUCUCCAACAGCCGUGUUUUUCUGGAUGCGGGAUUUACCUUAUUUGAAUAUCGGGAUUGGGGAUAUUAAAGCAAAAUGGCGUGGAGAUUCGGGUUUACAUGGGAUACCGGAUUGCCGAAAAUAAACAUCGGGAUUGCGCGAAAGAGCGAAAUUAAGGAUGGGGUCAAGGGAUCCGAAGAUUGUAUUAAAGAGACCCUCGCUUACCUAUCAAACUAAAUGUUUAGUCCAUGUCCCAAUAAGAGCAUAGUGGAAUGCCAUAUGUGAGCAUAAAUAUCACAAAGGCGUUUUCAUGCCAUUUGGAAGACAGUGCCCUAAGAACGUACCUCUCUUCAACGACCGCCCUGGAGCCAAAGCUGAUUGAUCGUCUUUGAGAGGUAAAAACAAGAAUGCGGCAUGGACUGCAUGAACAGAAGGAAUGGACUGUCCACUGCCGGGACAAGAAAAACCGGCUGUUGCCGAGAGGUGGUCGUUAGAGGACGUUAGACUGUGAAAGUGAAUUUGAGUAUGACAAUUAAGUUGGGAUGCGUAAUGUUGGCUGCGUGCUUAGUGAUAGCCGCGUGACGCGGUUUUCUUGCAUGUUCGUUUCAAAGUUCAAAUCUACAAGUAAACCUGUAAACCUUGAGUGGUUUUUCCAAUUGUACAUUAACUUAGUGUCAAUGAUUUGAGAACAUGAACAGAAGAAUUCUUAAUCACCAUUAGACAAUUUGAGAUUAUCCAGUAUCAACGGUUUGAGGAAGUAAUGGAAACAAGAAUUUUUACCCGUAUAAGACGA